AUGACAACAUUAGUUUAUGCAUAUGCAAUUUUACUUGCAAUUGGUGGGUUGAUUGGUUACUUAAAAGCAAAUUCAAUGCCAUCUCUUAUCAUGGGUUUACUUAGUGGUUUAUUAGUUGGUUAUAGUGCUAACCUUACUACCACCAAUAAAAAGAAUGGUACACAAUUAACAAUGGCAUUAUCAUUGGUACUUUUAAUUAUAAUGGGAAUGAGAUUUGUAAAUUCUGGUAAAUUUUUCCCUGCUGGUUUAGUAUCUGUCUUUAGUGCAAUAAUAUUAGUAAAGUCUUUUUUAUCACUUUCCCAAAUGUAA